AAUCUUGUACAUUUCUGUUUGCAGAUGGGCCGGACAAUAUGGAAAUUGCCCCCCAGAGUCCAGUGACAAGAACGAAUGGAGAAGAUCUAACGUUGACCUGUUCGGCCCAGUCCGUGCCCAGCCCUGUGUAUGAGUGGUUCAAUGAGACAGAGAGACUGAGUACAGGUCCAGUAUUCACCAUUCCCUCAGUAAGCAUGGAGCACGCUGGGAAGUACACAUGCCAUGCCAAUAAUGCCUGGACUGGCAGAAACAUCAGCCUCACUUCAGAAGUCAUCAUGAAUACCGCUGUUCCAGAGACCAGGUCUGGUCUCACACCUGGCGCCAUCGCUGUCAUCGUUUUCGGAGUAACUGUUGCCUGUUUGCUCGGCGGAGUCGGCGGUUGGCUGAUCGCUAGGAAGACAAGCGGGAACUGAAGUUGGAUGAAAGAUCGGGUUACAGUGAAUUGCGGAGGUAGCCGGGGGAACAGUUUCUCUGUGUGAUAUACGGUUAGAUUUAUAAUUCUGUUAAUUCAUAACUCUAUUAAAUUUUAUAAAGCUUAUUAUGUAAACACAUUGUGGUUCUGUUAAUUGUCUUUUUAAAAGUGUUUUAAAAACAUUUAAUUUUUAAAUGGCUAA